AGCUGGGCUUGCAGCUAAGAGCUACCUACCUUGUUCUCCGAUGAAGGUUUAAUCUGUACCUUACCAUCGAAAUCAAGCUGACUUCAAAUAGGCUCUUCAAUUAGAGCUGCCUUGUGUCUGGCCCCAUCCCCUUCUUUAAUGCUAAUCUUUUCCUGAAUUGGUACCACCAAAGCUUUAGAGAGAGCAACUGACUGCCACCCUGCACAAAUCCUGUGCUGUAGCCCUGAGGUUGUUUGUGGUAGCUGGGAGACGCUUGCUUUACUGUCUCCAGCCCAUAAAGAAGAUGGACAGAAACUACAUGAGAGGACCCCUGCACAAGCUGUUCGACUUGGAGAAAAAGAAUGCCAGGCAAGCUGAAGCCAGACUCAGCCUUCGACUGCAAAGGCUGGAGGUCAUCUGCCUCUAUCAUGUGAAGUCUCUGGCCAGGGAGCAGAGGCUGCUUCAGAAACAACUGACGCGGCUGCAGCAAGCAUAUAUCUCCAAGAAGAGUUUCUCUUCUUAUUUGGGGAAUGGAAUUUUGAAGAGAUCGAAAGAUGCUGUCACAGUCUCACCACAAACAGGACAGAGGCACAUAGUUCAGGAGCCUAAUAUUAGAGCAAUGAAAAGCAGUAUUACCCAGGAAGUUCAAACUAAGCCUCCGGUGAAUGCCCUGAGACGCCAAGAGCACCUGCAGUUUCAACGAGACGGAACCAGCUGCUACCAGGGAGAGAACCCACAGGGCGGGGACAGAAAGUCUGCAAGUCCACGGAAGGGCUCGGACCCCAACAAGGAUGUCUUUGCUCCGUGGUACAACCACGAGGCUUUCGCGAACAGGACAGAAGGCAGCAGUGUGGCUAGCGUUGAUGGCGAGAGUGAGCCGGCAUCUGCUCAUAGUAAGACCAGAUCAAAAAAUGCCAACCGGAAGCCACAUGGCGAUGCCAGGGCACAAAGUGUCGCGAGCUCCUUGGAACACUCGGGAAGCUCCAAAGGUGAAGGCACAAAGCCAACCCUCGUAGAUUUGUACGCGAAGGUCAAAAACGCCCACUACCUCCGCCACAGGGUGCCCCCUGAGUCCGAGAGGUUGCUUAGCGUUAGGGAAAUAUUCGGACACAGCGACUCCCCACCAACCAAAGCAGGGGGGGAAAUGUGAAAAAUGGCUCCAAGUUCCUUCUUCUCUGGCUGUGUAAUAUAGCCCGACCACAAGAUAUGCCGUAAUAACUAUGGAAAUGUAACCCUCAGAUUGCUGCAAUAGCAGGCAACAGAAAUAAACAGAAAUGCAGAACAACUUUCUUUUUCAUCCUUGGUAUCCCCGCCACUUUAUGUGGCCUUUCUCCUAAUAAACAAGGCUGCUAUAAAAAGGAAAAGACGGGAAAUGUUAUGAAGAUAUUUUAAACUGACACCUUGGGCUUGUUUUGACGGAGU